AUGCAGUGCAUUGGUGACAAGCACAGGUCAUGUGGCAGGUUCAGCUCUGUGCAAGAGGCUCCUGCCAAGCCUGAGGAGGCAGAGGCUGAGCCCUUCACAGACUCCUCCCUGUUUGCACACUGGGGUCAAGAGCUCAGCCCCGAAGGCCGGCGUGUGGCCCUGAAGCAGUUCCAGUACUACGGUUACAACGCCUACCUCAGUGACCGGCUACCCCUCGACCGACCCCUGCCAGACCUCAGGCCCAGUGGGUGCCGCAACCUCUCAUUCCCCGACAGCCUACCAGAGGUGAGCAUCGUGUUCAUCUUCGUCAACGAGGCACUUUCGGUGCUGCUGCGUUCCAUCCACUCAGCCAUGGAACGCACGCCAUCACACCUGCUCAAGGAGAUCAUCCUGGUGGACGACAACAGCAGCAACGAAGAGCUCAAGGAAAAGCUGACUGAAUACGUGGACAAGGUGAACAGCCAGAAGCCAGGCUUCAUCAAAGUUGUGCGGCACAGCAAGCAGGAAGGCCUCAUCCGCUCCAGGGUCAGCGGCUGGAGGGCAGCCACAGCCCCUGUGGUGGCACUGUUCGAUGCCCAUGUGGAGUUCAAUGUGGGCUGGGCGGAACCAGUUCUCACCCGUAUCAAGGAAAACCGGAAACGGAUCAUCUCACCAUCUUUUGAUAACAUCAAAUAUGACAACUUUGAGAUAGAAGAGUACCCUCUGGCCGCCCAAGGCUUCGACUGGGAGCUGUGGUGCCGCUACCUGAACCCACCCAAGGCCUGGUGGAAGCUGGAGAACUCCACAGCCCCAAUCAGGAGCCCCGCCCUCAUUGGCUGUUUCAUUGUGGACCGACAGUACUUCGAGGAGAUUGGUCUGCUGGAUGAAGGCAUGGAGGUCUAUGGAGGGGAGAAUGUGGAGCUUGGGAUCAGGGUGUGGCAGUGUGGCGGGAGCGUGGAGGUCCUGCCCUGCUCUCGGAUUGCCCACAUUGAGCGAGCCCACAAGCCCUACACAGAGGACCUCACUGCCCACGUCCGCAGAAAUGCCCUCAGGGUAGCUGAAGUCUGGAUGGAUGAAUUCAAAAGUCAUGUCUACAUGGCAUGGAACAUACCACAAGAGGACUCAGGGAUCGACAUCGGGGACAUCACUGCACGGAAGGCUCUGAGGAAGCAGCUACAGUGCAAGACCUUCAGGUGGUACCUGGUCAGUGUGUACCCAGAGAUGAGGAUGUACUCUGACAUUGUCGCUUAUGGAGUGCUGCAGAAUUCCCUGAAGACAGAUUUGUGUCUUGAUCAGGGCCCAGAUACAGAGAACGUCCCCAUCGUGUACAUAUGCCAUGGGAUGACACCCCAGAAUGUGUACUACACCAGCAGCCAGCAGAUCCAUGUGGGUGUCCUGAGCCCCACUGUUGAUGACGAUGACAACCGGUGUCUGGUGGACGUCAACAGCCGGCCACGACUCAUCGAGUGCAGUUACGCCAAGGCCAAGAGGAUGAAGCUGCACUGGCAGUUCUCCCAGGGAGGCUCCAUCCAGAACCGCAAGUCCAAGCGCUGCCUAGAGCUGCAAGAAAACAGUGACAUGGAGUUUGGUUUCCAGCUGGUGCUGCAGAAGUGCUCAGGACAACACUGGACUAUCACCAAUGUCCUGAGGAGCCUGGUGUCCUGACCUCCACAGACACCACCAGCCACUGCUUUGCUACUGUGUAGCAUCAGCUGCAAUGUCGCCUGCUGUCACGUGGGGCUGCCUGGAGUCUGAGAGGGGGAGCCAAGUGGGUGGCGUCCCCCAACAAAAGAGCUUUUUAUUUCCUAUUCAAUUUUCACGGAGUUUAUAGAGAGAUGCAGAGAGGUGGGUGAAGGUAUAAUAUCCUGAACUAUUUUACAAUUGUAAAUAGGGGACAAAUGGAAAAUAUUUAUAACUGGCAAUAAAAUACUAUUGAUUAAGAAAAG